AUGUCAGUGAAGGACACCAGAGUUAAGAUUUUCUACAUGACUAGAAGUUUCAGACGACAACACCGGACCUGAACAGCUGAAGAGAUGAAGUUUACUCUGUUCGUGGCCCUUCUUGGGACGUACGGGGUUGUGGUGAGGGCACGCGGAGCCAACCCCAACAUGCGGGACUUUGGAAACUUCGGCGAACGGACAGAAGUUGAAUCUGACAACGAGGAACAAACCUGUGAGCACCAAACCAUGGAGAUAACUUGUGACGGCGGCAUCAUUGAAAUCGUCCGAGCCAGUUACGGCCGGUCAGACUGGACCACCUGUGCGGAAGGGCAACCGUGUCAUACCAUAGAGUGCGACGCUGACUCGAGUAUGGACAUCUUGCAGGAACAAUGUAACGGGAGGGAGUCCUGUUCGGUGGAUGCUUCCAACAGCGUAUUUGGAGAUCCUUGUUUCGGAACAUUCAAGUACCUGGACGUUGGAUGGAACUGUUUGGAAAGACUCGGUCCUCCGGACAACGUCUACAAGAAGUUCAUGCUGGUAUUUUUACAAAACUACGUGGCUAACCGUCCUGCCGAGCUCUUCAUCGCUCCAGCCGGGGAUGAACCAGCCACCUUCACGGUCAACGCUCCGUACGUGGACUUCACACAAACAAGUACGGUGCAAGCUAACAACAUCCUGAUGGUACAAGUUCCAGCAGGCGUCAAACUGCAGGAAGGGCCCAUUACCAACAGGGGAAUCGAGAUCGUAUCUGACGUCGAUAUUGUAGUGUACGGUGUUAACAAAGAAGACUACACCACGGAUGGCUUCCUCGGACUUCCUGAAGAUGUCUUGGGUACAUCCUACGUCGUGGCGUCAUGGCCGGGAACACGGAGCAUUCCCGCUGAGAUCGGUGUAGUUGCCGUGGAAGACAAUACCGAGGUCACAAUCGACCCAACAUCACCCGUGCGGUUUGAUGGUCGAUACAAAGGCGCUGCAAGCUUUACCUUUACGUUAAAUAGCAGGUUUGACGCAGCUCAGGUUACAGGUUACUGGGGUGAUUUGACUGGGACAACCGUCACCUCCGACAAGCCUGUAGCUGUGUUGAGCGGCCACAGGUGCGGCAAUGUCCCGGAAGGCGUUGGUUGGUGUGACCACCUUGUAGAAAUGAUUCCGGCAAAGUCCACGCUGGGCAGGACCUUCGUCACCAUGCCCAUCGCGGGGAGAACUGGCGGCGAUAUCGUCAGGAUCAUCGCGUCUGAAGACGGAACUGACAUCGACAUUGUUGGACGAAGCUCGGAAUCGUUAAAUGAAGGACGGUUUGUUGACAUCGAAACAUCUUCUACUGAAUACUUGAGCAUAACUGCUAAUAAUCCAAUCAUGGUGGUGCAGUACAACAAAGGUCAAGCUGCAGACUGGGUUCAGACCGACCCCUUCAUGAUGCUGAUUUCUCCCGUGGAGCAGUACGAUUCACGAUACACUUUUGCCACAGUCGACUCCCCGACCAACACGUACACCACUUACAUAGGUAUCGUCAUUAAGACCAGUGAGCGCGACGGUAUCAGACUGGAUGGUGCUGCGAUCAGCCCGACGUGGACGGAGAUUCCUGGCAGCGACUUCUCGGCAGCAGCGGUUCAAAUUAGCGCGGGAACCCACAACGCCCGACACACGAACCCGAUAGCUGUCUUCUCUUUGUACCUGUAUGGUCACACCCCGUAUGAAUCUUUUGCAUCCAUUGGAGGAAGUCGGCUGUAUCCCUAUGGGGACCCAUGUACGGAGACAGAAACUUCCUCUGGAGACGGAGUUGACAACGAUUGUGACCAGAGGGUGGACGAGGAGUUACGGAAUGGGGUGGAUGAUGACGGCGAUGGCCUGAUUGACGAGGACUUGGCCUCAGAAGAAGGAGAAGUUGACGAAUGUGCUGAGAACACGCAUGAGUGCGACGCGAACGCAGACUGUAUCAACACGCACGGUUCCUACAACUGCGAGUGUCGACCGGGGUACACUGGUGACGGCCGCACUUGCGAAGGAGCGGAGGGCGUGUGUAAGUGUAACGGUGGCACCCAUUGUUACACCUUUGAUAGCCGGAAGCACGACUACCAAGGGAUCUGCGAGUACAUCCUGUUUGAGACGGCUGGAUCCGGAGAUUUGCCAGCCCUCUCAGUCUAUAUCUCACUGGAAAAUAGAAAUGGGAGGACCCAUGUGUCGUAUGUGUGGAAAGUGUCCCUCCUCAUCUAUGGAGUAAGAAUUGACGUCCUACUGGCAAACAAAGCUGUGCUGUGGAAUGGCUGGCAAUUUAAUCUAGGCAGCACUCUUCCACAUGGUCUGACAGUGAGACAGUCUGGCCAACGCGUUGUUAUAAAGACUUCUUUUGGACUGCUGGUGGUAGUGUCUGGAAAAAGCGGUGUACAGUUGAGAGUCCCGGGCCCCUAUCGUGCUGGCACCAACGGAGGCAUCUGUGGGAACUGGAACGGCGAUGCGAAUGAUGACAAUCUGAAGCCUGACGGGAGUGCGGCAGCUAAUACAGCUGAGUACGGAGACAGUUGGGUCACAACAGCCCCUUGUGGCACGACGACAUCUCCAGUCGACCCGCUCAAUGGCUGUGACGUCCCGAGGAUGGAGGCUCUGUGUAACCUGAUCCGGGACGCCGUGGGCCCGUUUGCCGGUGGUCAUGGUGCGUUGGCACCGGGUGGCAUAUUUGACGACUGUGUGUACGACUGUUGCGCAACGGAUGGAAGCCCUGACGAGGUUUGUGAAGCGGCAGGCUUUUAUGUUGCUUUUGUCCAACACCUGGGAAGUGCCAUAUUGGCAUGGAGAACUGCGGAAUUCUGCCAGCCCAGUUGUCCCACCAACUCGCAUUAUGAGCUGUGCGGGACGGCAUGUCCGGCUACCUGCACCGACACGGGCGCACCGGACACUUGUGCUCAGCAUUGUGUGGAGGGAUGUGUCUGUGAUGAAGGUUACGUAAGGUCUGGCAGAAGAUGCGUGUCAGUAUUCGACUGUGGGUGCGUCCACAAUGGGUUCUACUAUAACGUGGGAUCUACCUGGUUCACGGAGAAUUGCAACGAGCGCUGUACCUGUAAUGGAAAGAAUGACCUGAGCUGCGAGGCUGUAAGCUGCCACGCCGAUGCCUUCUGUGGUGUACAGGAACAGAUCUAUGGCUGCCACUGCAACGAUGGCUUCAUCGGUGAUGGGAUUGAAUGCAGGCCUCCCGGACGUUGUCCUGCCGGCUGGACGGAGUACGGCCUGUCGUGUUUCCAGGUGGUGCAGACUCAGGUCACCUGUGAUGAGGCCGGGCCAUCAGCAGCCGCCAUGGAUGCACGCCUGGCCAUCAUACGGGAUGAGGAGAUGCACAAUUUUGUGGCUAAUCUGAUGAGUGCCGUCAGUACCAGUGAUACCUAUUACAUUGGUCUGAGUGACCAGGUUUUGGAGCUGGCUUUCUAUUGGUCAGACGGCUCGUACCUGAGGUCCUACAAUAGGUGGGGGCCCGGUUACCCUGGCGGCUGGGAUCGGAACAACAACUGUGUCUUCUACUACUACGCCAACGGUGCCUGGUGGUGGAGAGUAGGAGGAGGGUCCAUGUACUGCCUGGUCGAGCGCUACUUCUUCUGUCCAGAAGGCUGGCACCAGUGGGGCGGCAGCUGUUACUACGCCUUCUCCUUCUCCUACUCGUGGGACGCGACAUGGACGUUCCUCAACUCUGCCGAGGGUUAUUACUCCAGCCUCGCCAUGAUCAACAGCCAGGAGGAGAACGACUAUGUCUACAACAUGAUAGGGGACGGCUACCGAAUCGGUGCCUAUAGACGGAACGGCUACUGGUACUGGAGGUGGUGGUACCGCUGGUACCGGUAUUACUGGUGGUACUACAUCUACUGGUUCAACUGGCAGAAUGGAGAUCCCAACAAUGGUGGCGACUGUGCCGUGUUUAGUCCAGGAGGUUUCUGGGAAGAUGAUGACUGUUCCGGUGGGCGACCUUUCUGUGCUGAGAUGGAUAUCAAUGAGUGUAAUUCCAACCCAUGCGGUCCGAACUCUCGGUGCAUCAACCAUCCCAACGGCUACACGUGUGAGUGCAUCCCGGGCUGUAUGGGAGAAGGCUGCAGAGCAUCUGGAAACUGCUGGGUUGUGACCGGCUCUCACUACUUCCAGUUUGACGGGAGCAGGGUGGACUUCCUGGGCUCCUGUAGCUACGUCCUGGCCCGCUACACCGGCAGCUCCGGACAGCUCACCAGGUUCACGGUCACGUCAGGGAACGAGUACAGGGACGGGGCACCAGACGUGCCGUACCUGAGCUGGGUCUCCCUGACCGGGGGGGAGACCACCAUCACUCUGCGCAGAAACGGCGUGGCAGAGUUGAAUGGCCGACCAAGGAACACUCCAUUCUACGUUGGGCGCAUGAUGGCGGUGCGGCGGUCGGGAUACUUCGUCAGUAUCACCACCAGCUUCGGUUUACUUGUGGAGUACGACGGAGAUCGUGCUGUUCACAUUGAACUGAGCAGCGGUUACGGCAACGCCGUGGAAGGUAUGUGUGGGGACUUCAGUGGAGACUCUGACGGUGACUUGGAGAGACCAGACGGGACCGAUGCCGGUAGCGCGACGGUGUUCGGAGACAGCUGGCGCUCAGAUGGAUGUCCGGGUGGAACUCCUAGUGUGUACCCAUGGGACGGAUGUGAUACCAGUGGAUUCGUCAGCGGCUGCAGUAUAAUAUCUGACACCGCCGGGCCCUUCGGUCCGUACCUCCAAGCGCUGUUCGCCCAGACGGUUUAUGAAGCCUGCCUGUUGGACCAGUGUGUCUCGAGUGGUGACGAUGAUCAGAGGUGUUCCAACAUUCAGACCUUCGCCGCCAUGUGUUCCUCUGUGGGCUGGGUGGCUGUGGACUGGGCAGGUCCUGCGUCUUGUCCUCGUGACUGUCCUGCCAACAGCCAGUUCGUGACCUGCGCACCGAUAUGCCAGAGUACGUGUGCGGACACCGAGCCUCAGCAGUGCGGACGCUGCCGCGGAGCGUGCGUCUGUGACGAGGGCUUCGUACUGAGCGGGGACAGCUGUGUUCCCAAGAGCGAAUGUGGCUGUACAGAUGGAGACGGCUUUUACUACCCGAACAACGCAGUCUUCACGGGCACAGACUGCUUCACCACCGGGACCUGUACCAACGGAGAACUAACCUACGUGGACCUGUCCUGUCAUGACUACGCCUACUGCGACACCAAUGAUGAGGGCGUGUAUGGAUGUCACUGUGAGGCCGGCUACAUCGGAGAUGGAGUGACAAGUUGUACACUUGAUCCCGGAGACUGCCCAGAUGGAUUUGUGCCGUAUGCGUACUCCUGUUUCAGGGUCACCCCAGAUACGAUGACAUUUGACGACUGUGCCGCAUUGGCAGCAGCAGCCACCGAGAACGGCACUGGAAGAAUGGCACUCAUUUCGGACCAGGGCACCCAUGACUUCGUAUCAACCCUGGUAUCCAGUUCCAGUGCUAGCUGGAUCGGCCUUGACGACAGGAACGUUGAGGCCCUAUUCACCUGGAGUGAUGGGUCCUACCUGGGUGCCUUUAACCUGUGGGGAUCGGGUGCACCUGGAGAUAACGGGGACUGCGUGUCCUAUCCUGCCGGCGCCUCUACAUGGCAGGAUGGCGACUGCACCGCCACCGCAGCCUGCAUCAUCGAGAUACGAAACCCUUGUCCUUCUAGCUGGGUUGCCCGGAAGGGAUGGUGUUACAAGUACUUCAAAGGUGGUCAAAGCUACGAGGGUGCCAGACAGAAAUGCAUCGAAAACUACGGCUCCGCCAUGGCUGCAAUUAGGAGCUCGGCAGAAAAUGCGUUCGUGUUCAAUAGGGGCCACGGGUGGACGUCAAGUGAUGGGGAGUUCUCUGGAUAUGUAAAUGAAGAGGACGAAGAUGCUGAGGGUUGUCCUUAUCAGUACCGGAGCUCCGGUGGCCAACAACCCCAGACCGAGAUGGCAUGUGAACACAGUGAGCUGACUCUGACUUGCAGUAAUGGUUACGAACUGGUCAUUCAGUCUGCAAACUAUGGCCGCACAGAUGGAUCGACGUGCCCACACUCUGCAAUGUCAGACACCAACUGUGUGGAGCCUACAAGUCUAGACAUAGUGAGGGACGCCUGCCGGGAUAGGUCGACUUGCACCAUCUCAGCCAGCAACAGUGUUUUUGGUGACCCGUGUUACGGAACCUACAAGUACCUGACAGUAGGGUACUUCUGCAGGAGGCAGCCAGGUCUGUGGAAAAGGGAACCAUGUCAACGCUGGCUUCCGUACACAUGUAGACUUGAUGUUAAUGAAUGUGCGAGUGGUGAUAAUGAGUGUGACGUGAACGCCGUGUGCACCAACACUCCCGGCGGCUACACGUGUGCCUGUAAGAUAGGGUACACCGGCGAUGGGAUCAGCCCGGAAUACGGAGGACAAGGAUGUGUCCGACGUGGUCUGUGUACUGUCUGGGGGAAUGCACACGUCUACACAUUUGACGGCGCUCACUACACAUACAAUGGAAAAUGUUAUUACGACAUGGCAGUAUUCGAUCAGAGGGUGGACGGCCUGACGAGGUGGCGGGUGGAGGUUAGGCUGAAGUCUCGCACAAACAGCUUGUCAUCUUCAGUUGAGGAAGUUUUCAUCUACAUUGCCAACAAUGUGUACAAGUUGCUUCGUGAUGCUCCGGAAUACAGUCGUUGGCCAAAGUGUAUGAGAAACCGACUUUUCCAGCAUACACCAAACUACUUUGAUGGCAACUAUGAUUCAAGAAUCAGGAUUUACCAACGCGGGGGUAGCUUUCAGUUAUUAACAGACUUUGGGCUAGUUGUCACGUACAACAGGGACCACCGCCUGCAAAUUGUGAUUCCGGAGCCAUACAGGAAUGCUGGGGUGAUGGGGUUGUGUGGAAACUUCAACGGUGAUUCGACUGAUGAUCAAACGGGGAGGGACGGCACCGUGUCAGCUGAUGUGGUGAUAUUCGCAGACAGUUGGAAUUCUCGACCAACCAUCCAAUACUGCACUGAUCCAACACCGCCAACCAAUCCGCGGGAUGGGUGUAACACUGCACCGUUCGAGGCUUUGUGCGAGGUUCUGAGAGACACCACCGGUCCUCUGGCUGCUGGGCAUGCCUAUGUGGACCCUCAGGUAGCAUAUCAGAAUUGUUUGUAUGACUUGUGCGCUGAAGGAUCUGACUACGUCUGUAGCGUCUACCAAGCCUAUGUGGAGGACUGUGCAGCGUUUGGAGCAAGCUUUGGUGACUGGAGAACUCCCACCAGCUGCCCAUAUACCUGCCCAGAGAACAGUCACUACUCCCUGUCCACCAGUCCGUGCAGGGCCACCUGUGCUGAGCCUGACGCCCCGGCGUCCUGUGGAGUUCCUAACGCAGAAGGCUGUGAGUGUGAUGACGGGUACAUCUGGUCAGGGGACGUGUGCGUGCGCAACCCGGCCGACUGUGGCUGUCUGUUUGAUGGAACCUACCUUCAGCUCGGCGAAUACCGGGUGAUAGGAGAAUGCGAGAUCCUCUGUCACUGCUCAGCACCCAAUACUCACACCUGUGAAGUUCAUGGGUGUGGCGAGAAUGGGUUCUGUAGGACAAGUGCAGGCCGCACAGGGUGUGAAUGCCUCCCAGGCUUCGUAGACAACAGCGAACGCCAAGAUGGCACCCUGUGCGAUUGGAACGUUUGUGAACGUGGCUGGAAGUACCAUGGCCAGUCCUGCUACAACAUCCCGAAAGCACGCCGCAACAAUCGCAAGGCCGAACAGCACUGUAAGGCAUUACAUCCACGGGCCAUUCUUGCCAGAGUGCUGGACCAGGAGACACAUGAGUUCCUCCUAACGAUGAUCCAGCAAACUGGGAAACCAAGGCUCGGUUUCCGCAUUGCCGGGAAUGAAGAAAUUGUACCUAACAUAUACCGGCGGUCCGACUAUGCACCAUUAGUGGAUUUCCAAUUUUUCGUAGAAGGUCAACCAGAGAGUGCUGUUUUCUUCAAAAGGUGCCUCGCCUACGCACCUGCCAGUUCAGCCAACAGUGGCAAGGUGGAGGCUGUGGGCUGCAACGGCGCAGCGGCGUUUAUAUGUGAAAUACCACAAGCAUGCCCGGAACAGUAUGAACCGUUGGAGCGGGUGGAGGGUGAACCAUGGUUCUGCCACAGGAUAAACUGUACUGACGAUGGCGAUUGUGACGAAACAGCAGUUGAUAUUGAUGAAUGCGCAAUCGGAGAGCAUGAUUGUCAUCCCGAAGCCUUCUGUCUGAACAACAAUGGGAGUUAUACCUGUGUGUGUAUGCCUGGUCGAGUGGGUAAUGGCACACACUGUCAACAGGCUGGUCUGUGCCAGAUAUCAGGGGAUCCAAAUUUCGUGGGUUUGGACGGACAGUCUUUUAGUUUCCAGGGAGACUGUAAAUACACCAUGGUCACCUAUUCUGCGGGAGCCAGAUCGUUUGUGGUGGAGGUGUCUUUUGAGCACCGUGAGCACGAAACCUCGGCAUAUGUCAACUACGUCUCUGUGACGUUUGACGGACAUAAGGUGGAAAUUUUCCGCGGACGGCAACUUAUUGUUGAUGGCAUUCGCCGCAACAUACCAGCAAAACCAAGUCGAAAUACGAAUCUCGAGAUAUCCUUCUUUGGCAACUACGUCAUAGUGGAAACACGUCUUGGUCUCAGGGUGAUCUACGAUGGAUGGCAGCUGGUACAGGUGACCCUACCGUCUACCGACUACCUGGGCGCAGUAGGCGGUCUCUGUGGGAACUUUAACGGGGACCCGGAUGACGACCUUGAGAUGCCAGACGGCAAUCAGGCCGCAACAGUCAACGAUUUUGUUAACAGUUGGCUGACAGCAGACCAAGAUCCGGCCAGCUGUGUUCCUCCUGACGUGGACCCACUGGACGGCUGCGAUACGGAUGCGGCAGGAAACCGCUGUGCUCUCUUGCUAGAUGAGGAUGGACCGUUUGCCAAUGGUUUUGACACAAUCGACAACUUGCCUUUUUACGAAGCCUGUGUCCGUGACCUCUGUGUGUACUCGGAUGUGCCAGACGACACCGUCCUGUGCUUUGAGUUUGCAGCCUACGCCGCUAUAUUAAGUGAGGCCCAGGUCGUUUUGCCACCGUGGAGAAGCGAGACUCUGUGUCCCUUGAUGUGUGGAGAGAAUGAACAUUACGAUCCCCAGGCCAGCCCGUGUACACGGACGUGUGCGGAGCCAGACCCGGGACACUGCAUAUUCCCACCCCGCCCCAGAUGUGUGUGCAAUGAAGGUUACCUGCGGAGUGGUUUAGAGUGUGUCCCAGUUGACCAGUGUGGAUGUUGGGAUGCAGGCUUCUAUUACAAACUUGAGGAAGUAUUUUACGAAGACAACUGCCGGCGUUGCGGAUGUGGGAAACGUCCCGAUGGCACCCCUGUGAUUGGUUGCAGGGCAACGACCUGCCACCCUCAAGCCACCUGUACUAUAAAAGACGGACGACAGGGAUGUCACUGUAACGACGGCCUGUUUGGAGAUGGAAUCGACGCCUGUGCCUCUGAACCGCCGCGGUGCGACCCUGGCUUCCAUCUGGUGGACGGACGGUGCUGCCGUAUCGUGGAGCUUGGGUGGACGUACAGCGAAGCCCAGGGAGAGUGCAGAGCUAUCAACGGCCGUUUGGUUGUGGUCAACACGGAAAUUCUUCACACUCUUGUAGUGGCACUAAAGAACAAGCUUAGCCCAACCUCCAAUUAUUGGAUAGGCUACGACGACAUUGAAACGGAAGGUGUGUUCGUGGGAUCUGACGGUUUAGUGCUGGGGUCGUGGAACAAAUGGUCCGGUACCUCUCCACAUGCGGACGGGCCAGACUGUGUCCUGUACCUGUCAGACCAGGACCACGCCUUCCCCAACAUGUGGUCUGACAGGGACUGUGAGUCUCGUCACGGCUACAUCUGUGAAAGAGACGUUGAUGAGUGCAGCAAUCCAGACUGGAAUAACUGCCAUGCGAAUGCGAGAUGUCUCAACACAUUCGGGUCCUUCGAGUGUGAGUGCAACACGGGCUUCAUUGGCGACGGCGUUAACCAGUGCUCGGGCUCCUCAACAUGCCGGGUCUUCGGAAGUGGGCCACACUUCUUCUCGCAUGACCGUCUGCACACAGUCUACCGUGGUGGGUGUGACAUCAUCGUCAGUCGCUACACGGGCAGUGCUUUCGAACAAUUUGAGAUUGUAGUGAGCAACAAACGUGGCGGUGAAGGAAAUUCCAGGACUUAUCGGGUCUCCUCGGUCAAAGUUGUAGUCUACGGAAUUACGAUACAGCUUUUUGAUGACCGAGUUGUCUGGGUCAACGGGAUCAGAGUUUGGGCUGGCUGCACACCCUACCUCCACGAGGACAUCUACAUUUACUCGCGAGCUACUGCCCUAGUUAUCAGGACCAGUUUCAUGCGGAUCAUUCUUGAUAGCAGAAAUAAGCUGGACAUCACACUGUCCGAUAUAUACGCCGGGGUAAUAGAGGGCAUGUGCGGAGAUCUGGACGGUGAUCCAACAAACGACAACCUGACACCAGACGGGACAGCCGCCGCGGGUGACAAUGAACUGGCAAUGAGUUGGGCGGUGGAAACGAUCACGUGUUCUGCAGCAGAUGACCCAGAUCCAGAGUGUGAAAGCGAAGAUGAGCGCACUAACGCUAUGAGAAUAGCGGUUGCUCUAAAUCAGGAGGUGGCAGGGAGCCCAUUCCAAGAUUGCUUUGCAGUGGUAAACCCUGCCAAGUACUUCCUUGUUGCCAUAACGGAUCUCUGUAAUCAUGACCUGGAACUUUCUUACUUCUGUGACGUCGCAGCGGCCUAUGCACGUGCCUGCUACCGCAGAGGUGUUCAACUUCCGGUCUGGCGCGUUCCCACGGAUUGUCCGUUACCAUGCAUGGCGAACGCCCACUAUGAGUCCUGCACGACAGCGUGCCCGGCGACCUGCCGGGAUAGGAACGCCCCUAACACCUGCGAGGUGCAGCAGUGCGUGGAGGGCUGUGUGUGUGACGAUGGCUUCGUCCUCGGAGGAAACAAGUGCACCUUGGAGGCCGACUGUGGCUGCACUGUGGAUGGAUUCUGGUACCCGCUUGGUUAUACGUGGUUUAAACCUGGCUGUACAAAGAAAUGUACCUGCACGGCUUACAAUGACUGGACCUGUGAGGACUACACCUGUGAAGGGCACAUGUAUGAGUGUAACAUUGUGGACGCGGUAUUAGGCUGCCACUGCAAGGCUGGGUUCGUGUUCAAUGAGGACACCCAGGAGUGUGAAGUUCCGCCCUGCCCUGACGGAUGGAUCACGUACGAGGGCUCCUGUUACAAUCUCUUCAACGUGCUGAGGACCUGGUGGGAGGCCCGGGCCAAAUGUAUCCAGUGGGGAGCAACUCUGGUCACAAUCAAACGCCCAGACGAGGCAAUGUUCAUCAACCUGCUCUGGAAGGGAUGGAGGAGGAAAUUCUGGGUCGGAUUAUAUGAUGAAGACGAUGGAGAGGUGGGGAAUUUCCGGUGGGUUGAUGGAGCGGAGAUCCAGUGGAGGAACUGGUACAGAAACGAACCGGAGUUUACACAGACCGACGCAGACGGUAACACCCAGCGUUGUGGAGUAAUCAUGCCAGAUAAUCGUACGUCUGAUGGGUUAUUAGCAUGGAGGACGGACUUCUGUGUAGAGUUGAAGCCAUACAUCUGUGAAAGAGACCUUGAUGUGGAUGAAUGUGCAAAUGGCGUGGCAGUAUGUGAUAAGAACGCCUACUGUGUGAACACACCGGGAUCCUACAGAUGUAUCUGCAACAAUGGAUUCACCUGGGACGAGACCUUCCAGAUAUGCCAGAAAUAUGGACGUUGCCAUGGCAAUGGGGAUCCUCAUUACCAUACGUUUGACGGCAAGACGAUCGACUUCAUGGGUGUCUGUACGUACACCCUGUCCGAGGUCAUUGAGGACAGUGGUGUCACCCCGUUCAUCAUCAGGGCCAAACAAGGCCGAAGGGACGGGAACACGGCAGUUUCCUUCAUCGAUACACUGACCAUACAAAUCUACAGCGACGAGAUUAUCUUCCAACGAAGAGGCGGAGUCUACGUGAACGGGCCACCAGUGACUGUACCGGUAACACUGAGCUCAGGGGUACAAAUCUUUAGGCAAGGUCUCCACCUCACCAUGUCAACCCCCUUCGGACUUCAAGCUGGAUACGACGGAAAAGACAAUGCAUUCAUUGUCCUCCCUGCACCGUAUAUGGGCAAGGUCAGGGGUAUAUGUGGCAAUUUCAACCUUAACAAGCUUGAUGACUGUACAAAGGCAGAUGGUACGGUUGCUACGAGUCAUAGUGAGCUGGGAGACAGUUUUCUGGUUGGCCAGUCAGACAGCUGUGUGACGGAUGUAGACGACCCCCGAGCCAACUGUGACAUGCCCUUGAUGACGUACCUGUGUUCAGCACUGACGAAUACAUCCGGGGCCUUUGCGCCCUGCCAUGACAUCGUGGACCCCCAGCCCUUCUUUGAAAACUGCGUGUAUGACCUGUGCGCCUACGAUGGGGACACCAAAUGGCUGUGUAAUACUGCCAAAGCGUACGCGGAUGCGUGCCUGGACGCUGGAGUAGCGAUCUGUGACUGGCGCAGUCAUUCCUUCUGUAGAAAGAAGUGCACAGAGAAUGCACACUACACAGGCUGUGGCGGGGGCUGCCCGGCCACGUGUUCUGACCCGUCUGCCCCAGAAACCUGCGGCAUAGUUGCAGAAGGCUGCGUCUGUGACGAGGGGUACUACUUCAGUGACAACAUCUGUGUUCCGCUGGAGCAGUGUGGCUGCACGGAUUCAAGCGGCUAUCACCAAGUUGGUACGAGGUGGGUGGUUGGUGCGUGUUCACAAGGCUGUAGCUGUGACACGCCCAACUCACCUCCCACCUGUGUGGACUGGGACGGAUGUGCAGAUGUGGGAGGGGUAUGUAGGCUCCAGGCAGAUGGAAUACCGGGCUGCCAAUGCAUUCCUCCUUACACCGGCGACGGAGUAACUUGCAAUCCACCACCAUGUGACGAGUAUUGGACUCUGUACAAUGACAACUGCUACCGGUACAACACCCAUCGUUAUGACUACAACCAGGCUAAGCAAAUCUGUAGUGACUGGGGAGGUCUCCUGUGUAUGCCCAAGAGUCAGGCUGACCAAGACUUCCUCAUGGACCUUGUCAGGGACACUGUGGACCAAACAGCAUACAUUGGAGUGACUGAUAUAGACACCGAGAAUGUGUGGAUGUACGAAGACGGGACUCAAGUGGGAGCAUUUACGUAUUGGACUCCGGAUCCGGAAAAGUAUAACACUGACAGGAAGGACUGUACAACUCUGCGUAAGGCCCAUAACUACCACUGGUUCUCUGACAAUGUGGCACGUUCACCUGCCCUCCAGUACCCCGCUGUGCCGGGGACGUCACCAAGGAUGCAUGUCGCUGCUGUGACGUGUGUGCUAAAUAGUUGGGACAGGUGUGGCUCGGCGUGCCCGACAACGUGUGACAGUCUCGGGACGAACGUCAUCUGUCCGGCGGUCUGUGUCCCCGGCUGCGCCUGUGAUGGUGGGAACGUGCUGAACAACGGCAGCUGUAUCCCGGAGGAACAAUGUAGGCGGACAGAAUGUCCUCCACAUAGCACCUGGGACAACUGUGGCUCGGCGUGCCCGACAACGUGUGACAGUCUCGGUACGAACGUCAUCUGUCCGGAGGUCUGUGUCAUGGGGUGUACAUGUGAUGACGGGUACGUGCUGAACAACGGCAGAUGUAUCCCGGAGGAACAAUGUGGGCGGACAGAAUGUCCUCCACAUAGUACCUGGGACGACUGUGGCUUGGCGUGUCUGACUACAUGUGAUAAUCUCGGCACGGACAUCCUCUGCCCGAGGAUCUGCAUCGCCGGCUGCGCCUGUGAUGGCGGGUACGUGCUGAACAACGGCAGCUGUAUCCAGGAGGAACAAUGCCCCAGCGACGGCUGUAACUAUGAGGGCAAUCAUUAUAAUGAUGGAGACGAGUGGGCCGUACGGGAGUCUCCAGGUUUAGUCUGCCAGUGUGAUGGCACGGAGGUGGUCUGCUAUGUUGUUGACUGCGCUCCUGGCUACAACCACGUCAUCGGUAGGAACGGACUGUGGACCUGCCAGCGUCAAACCCAAUGCCCGGCGGGAUAUCGCUAUGUCGUCCGGAGCAGACGCUGCUACAGGCUGGUGGACACCGGGGCCAGCUACCAGGACGCAGAGCGGCAGUGUUUCCAGGACGGCGCUCGGCUGGCCACUGUCAAGGCGAAACAGGCCUACAAGCACCUGAAGAGCGCGGCUCGUCAAGCUCGGUCUGACGUGUGGAUCGGACUGAGUGACAGGGUGACCGAGGGGACGUUGACCUGGAGCGACGGUGACCCCUACAGGAAGAGCAAGCGCAACAACUUCUGGGCCAAGCGAGCAUUGCGGCAGAACAACGCGGAAAGGGACUGUGUCUACAUGAGCGCAAGUAGGAGGGAUAACUACCGCUGGCGCCUUGGCAACUGUGACGAUGAGCGUCUGUUUGUCUGCGAGUUUGUGCUGGGUUAAAGAGAUCCAGACCUGUAGAUAGAUAUGUAGGUAGAGACGUAGCACAGAAAUGUAACACUUGUUUCUUCUAUACUUAUACCCAAGUUAUCUUAGUGCAUUUGGCCCAUGUAGGGCGUGAAUAUGCAAUUAAGUUCAUUGUCAUUGUUAAAAGUGCUGUAGUGCUUCUUUGGUCGACAUCACUUCCAUUGGCAGUAAUCUUGAGUUAGGCUAUAUAGCUAUGCCAUGUAAACUCGUCAUGUGCAUUUGCUUCGAUCCAGCAGUCCAUGUAACGUUACCAUACACAAUGUUAUAUUCACCACUAUCUUCAGUUAUGUGCAUUGGAUUACUGUAGCUGUCUUGUGAAUUUGUUUGGCGAAUGUGACUUUAUACUAGCAUAUCAUGCAUAUUGUCAAGACGUCGACAUUUAAAACAGUUAAGUUGAUAUAGUAUGAAAAACGUCGGUGAUAGAGUCUCUUUAUGCCUACAACUUUGUUACAUCAGUAAAAGCUUGUACGACGAUGAAGUUCUACAUCAACCGUUAUGCCUUUUUGUCUUAUAUGCUAUUGAUCUUUGCCCAAUGAUCGGGACUUUCUUCACAUAUGUAUUACGAAGGCAAACAAGACUUUGUAUCUUGAAAUAAUCACUUGGAAUUUUAGAGUUGUAUUAGUUGUAAUUUUCUUAUUGACAAUAUGCGGUGACUUUAUCAAUACACGGCUUGCACAAACCG